AGCCGAAGCUUUUACUCGUCGACGAGCUUCCGUGCAAGGAGUGUCUUCGCCGAUCCCCUAAACAAGUUAGCUUAAACUAUAGUUAUAGCCGAAGUGUCCGCAACUGGCUCGCCGAGAGUUCGAACGAGAACGUACGAACGAACGAUCAAAGAAAGAGGGAGAGCCACACGAUAGAUAAAAGACCGUGAUCGCACGUUAAUCCGGAGAAGUGUCGCCCGAUUAAAAAUGUAAGUGUGACCGCGGACCAGUUCCGGAUCGAGGGGUCAAAGGAUCGACGUAGAUCGCCGGAGGCUCCAUGGCGUGAGCGCUGACACACCGUUACACCCCUUCGUCAACCGUCUGAAGCUCGAGCGAAACCUGUCAGGAUGCACGCGGUUGGAUUGCACUCUGCGCUGGCCAUCAAGCGUCAGAGAAAGCGCCGGGACGAGCAGCGUCGUGCCCGUGAGCGUCGUUAUAGCGCGCAAUCGGGUGACAGUGGGUUGACGUCGCCGAGAGCGUCCACCGGUUCCCUGGACCAUCACUCGAGACACCAUAAGUCCGGCCACUCUAGCCAUGCAGCUGGCCAGGGGAUGCUGGACACGAAGGUGGUCACGUCGAUCGGGAUGCUGCACAUCGGUGUGGUGUUCCUGGUGCUGGGCGCGUUCUUCCUGAUGAGCGGCUCGUUGCCGGGCGACAUGACGCAGUGGGGCACCAAGUCCUCGAAGGGCUGGCUGAACGAGCUGGUGGUGAUCGGGCUGUUCGCCGUGUUCAUCGGCAUAUUCCUGAUCAUCCUGAACCGCGUGAUCGCCAAGAAGGAGGAGAACGAGCUGGUCGAGUACGUGCAGCGUCAGCUGACCAGGUCCAAGUCGGGUCACAGGCUGGAGAGGGACGCGGAGACCGGGGGCUUGACCACCAAGCAGGGCAAGAGAGCCAGACAGCUGCAGCAGAUCGCAUCCAGCGCGUCCAUAGAGACCGAGAACGAGAAGGACUCCGGCUCACCGCCGAGAAGUCCUCCGCCGGCUUACUCGCCGCCGCCCAUCGUGAACGGGGAUCACCAGACCGCCCAGUCGGCCCUCUAUCUCGAGCAGAUCACGGAGGAGGAGAUCAUCAGCGACCGCGUCGAGACCUCCACCACCAACAGCCUGAGUCCGGGCUCACCCAGCGAGACCAGGGAGCUGCUGCAGAACCCUCGCUACUCGAAGCAGAACGGGAACCCGCAGCAGAUCCACCGGCCCCUAUACGUCUCCAAGAUCUAGGCUACCUUUUUCUAACACUGUGGACUGUGGAACCGUGCUUUCACAAUUUUUUCACGCUACCUUACGCGGCGUCGGUCGAGAGCCUUCGGCCUCUAGCCACGGCUGAGCAGCGGUAGAAAUCCAGGCGUCCGCGACGACGCGCGCGGACGCCGUUCGACGAUCCUCCCGACGCCUCGGCUAACGAGGACCGCGGGAACACGACUCGGCAUUGUAACCUGGGAACGUUGAACCCAUUCGGAACGGUUUGCGAGUUCGGCAGGCGUUUAGGGUAGCGUCGAACAACUCCGUUGCAGCGCCCCAGAGAACGGGACUCACCCUCGCGGCCCGCCGCGUACAGAUCGGGACCCUCGUCCGAGUCCCCGGGAAAGCUACCCGGUGUCCAAGGAGUCCGAAAUAACGCAACGACACACUCACACACACAUACACGCGCGCGCGAACAUGUAUACAUACACACGCGUACAGUCUUUUGAUAUGCGCCAGCUCGUUUCGUUCGAGGGCCGGGGAGUAGUCAUCUUUCUCGGUGCACAGUAAUGUCUCUCCAAUCGACGCUCGGAUUGUCCAGAAAAAUGGACAAUUCGGGGAGAGGAGGUACGAUUA